GGAGGAGAGGAGGAGGAGGAGAAGUCAGGAAGGAAAAAGAGGAAACAGAAAAAGAGAAGUGCGAGUGCGGAUGAGGAGCGGCCCAACACAUCCGCCCAGUCCACCCCCAGUCAGAAGAGGAAAGUCCAGAGGCUCAAAUACUGCUCUCCUUUCAGGAAGGGGAGAAAGCUGACAUCUGGACCUGGCCAAUCUACAAGAGCCAGCUCCCAGUCACCUGUGGGGAAAAAGAAGGCAUGCUCAACAGGGACAAGCUGGCCAAAGGGGAGAAGUGCAUUGUGGUCCAGGGUCGCUGGUUCACCCCAAGUGGCUUUGAGGAGUUUGGGGGGAAGAAGAGCCGUAAGAACUGGAAGUACAGUAUCCGCUGUAGAGACACCACUCUGGAAAAACUGAUCCAGGAAGGCCAUUUAACUUCACCAGACUUUAAAAGAAGAAAGAUUGCACAGGCCAAGAGAGCACUGUUUUCCUCCAACCAAUCAGCGGGCUCAAUUACAGGAUCUGAGGAGGAUGAUGAUGAGGAGGAAGAGGAGGAAGAAGAAGCUGAGCAGGAAAGAGAGGAAGGAGAGAGAGAAGAGCAGGCAAAUACUGCUGGAGGAGAGAGCAGUGCAGGAGUCAGCCAUGGUGUUGUGAAAAAGUGUGUCUUCAAAGUCACCUGUGGAGCCAUCAAUGGAAUGCUACAUAAGGAUCGGUUUGCAUCCGGGUCGUGUGGAAAGAGCAUCCGUACGGAGCUGUGCUGGAUGACCCCGAUGAAGUUUGUGACGGAAGGGUCAGCUCUGGAAGAUCCCUCCUGGAAGAAAGACAUCCAGUGUGACGGGAAACCACUCAGCGUCCUCAUCGAGAGUAAGCUCUUGCACAUCCACUCUCUCCUGUGUAAGUGCAAGCUGUGCAGCUCCACGGUCAAAGACCAGCACGAUCAAGAUAACGAUGACGACUGCUUCAUCUGUAGAAGCCAGGGCAGCUUGAUAUGCUGUGAUAAGUGUCCUCGCUCCUUCCAUCAGAGAUGUCAUCUUCCUAAUGUGGAUGACGCUAUGCUGGGGGAUAAUCGUACGUGGAUGUGUACAUUCUGUGUUCUGGGGGCCAGUCAGUUGUGGCGCUAUCCCAAACAAAUGACCUACCAGGAAGCCUUGACCUGCCGAAUCUCUGACCACCUACUGGAAUGCCAGUACCUCCUGCUGUGUCUGUACAAAGAGGACGAGGACAACAUCUUUGUGACAGAUCCUUGCAUCAAUGUGAGAAACUACACCAGUGUGAUAAAGACUCCGAUGUGGCUGGGCAGGGUUGUGGAGAAACUGCAGCAGAAUCUCUACAAAACAGUGCAACACUUUGUGUCUGACGUGAUGUUUAUCUUCACCAACUGUGCCACAUUUAACAGGGAUAAUGCAGAGUUCCGUGAAAUGGGCGAAAGAUUGAAGGAUCUAUUUGAGAGAGAGUUCAAGAGUACAUUCAGCAUUCAACUUCAGCAUCCAGCUGCAUCCAACAGCCAGUAGAGCCUUCAUCAUGUCUGUACUGUUAUCUCCCUAUGAGACAACAGGGAAUAUUCACCAUGCCCUGCCUGGUCCUUCUAUACAGCAGCAGCGUUGCGCAGACAUUUGGUAAACGUUGCAGACAUUUCUCUUCAGGUUGUUGUAAAGCCACAGCUUCGAGAAUGCGAAUACUACAAUAGUAGCUUAUGUUAGGUUUGUAGGAACAUUUCUUUAUAUCUAAUUGAAAGACGAAAACAGCCACAUAGGCAGCCUAUUUAGACAUGGUUGAGCGAGCCAAUAGCCAAUUAAGUGCUUAAUGUCGUUGAAUAUCACUGAAAAGUGAAGACUCCAGUCCUUUGACGAGGAAGACGAAUCAUCUCCGCUGCUUUCAGGCAAGGCGGGAGAAUGCGGUCCAAAUAGAAGACCAUGCAGGGUAUUCAACACAGCAUGGGCGGCUGGCAACUAAAACGACCAGCAAACCCAUUGUACUGUGUAAAUUGUUGGUACUGUAUAAUCAGACAGACGUGGCAUAUUUUUCAGUCUUGUCUCACAGGAACUUUGACUUUAGAACUACUAUUAGAUAAUAGGCAGAAUCUACCGCACACCCGGAGCUGAGUAGCUAGUGAAGGUGUUGGAGGCAAAAGGCAAAACUGGAGAAACAUUCAAAAGUCUUUGCCCACUUUAGAAAUACUAUUAUG